AUGGCGUCUAGUGUCCAUGGAGUGGAGCAGAGAAGAAGUGGAAUUUGGAGGCAGAGAAAGAGUAGUGAAAGGAAUGGAAAGAUGAAGAUUCUGUGUUGUGGUGCAGAGAAAAAUGUGAAGCUUAGGUGUCAGGUGUGUACUUAUGCAUGGCAUAAGGAAUUAAGACCCCCAACUGGCUUGGUCAGGGUGGUAUGCGACCGCUGCAUGCAGGCGGUCUCUUUUAUAUUAUGUUUCCACACAUCAUAUCACCUCGCCUCUCCGGUCAAAGGAUACACCCCAAUCCAAUCUUCAUCUUCUAACCAAAAUAAUUUACUUUACAUCAUGUUUCUUGUUACCUUAUUAUCAUGUUGGAUCAUCUAA